GGCCUUUCUCCGGCUGUCCAGCAGAGCUAGCCUUGGUAUUUUGUGCAGGAAGGGCCUGGUUGCCUUCGUUGAGAUGAUCUGAGGAGGGCCGCAGAGGAGCAAGGACGCUGAUUCUAAGAUGACCCGAACAGACCCGCCUGACAUCCUGGUGUCUGCCGUGUAUCCGGACGUUGCCGUGGCCUCUGUGGGAUCCCACCGCUCUGCCUUCUGCCAGCCCACCAGGCGAUGUGACUCCUCCAUGUCUUCCUCCCUGAAGAACCAGCCUGCCCAGCGCUUCAACAAGCGGCACUGUCGCAGCUUCGAUUUCCUGGAGUCCUUCGACGACCCUCCGCCGGUGACUCCCGCCAUGGAGCGCCAUACCCGGCAGCCACCCGCGCCGGGACCUUCCUCGGCUCCCAUUGGCAAGAGGGUGUCACUCCGGGCUGCUGGGCAGGAAAGCUACAUUGCCCAGGGGAAGGAAGUGGCUUCCCGAGCCGAACCCAAGCGGCGGGCCCGAUCCAAGAGCGCCCCCCGCGUCAAAUCCACCUUCGCCCCUGUGGCCGCCCCUGUGGCUUCGGGCUCCCCACCGGCCCCGGCUAGGAGGGGACGGGAAGUCCACCGAAUGUCCCGAGAGCCCGAGCGAGCGGAAGCCUCCCCUCGCCGGGAAAGCAGCUACGCCUCCAUGAAAGCCUUGAUGAGCGAGGUGCACCCCAUCAAGCUGCAGCCUCAGCGGGCCGGCGGCAGCCGCAUCUCGCCCCUCUGCGUCACGGGAACAAACUGCCCCGAAGAGGGCCCCCCGGCGGCGAGACCCCCGCCGCCCAGCGUGCACGUCAAGCGCCGGGUGGACAUCAAGCCGGACGAGGCCGCCGUACUGCAUGCAGCUCGCAGUGCCAAGGGGUCCCAAGGCCAUGGCGAGGCGCUCCUGGCCUGGGCUCGACCUCCAGGCACGCCCCAUAUCUUGGCCGUGCCCAGCAGCCGGCAAGUGCCCAUGUCUCGGACUCCCACGCCCAGUGACACUUAUAGUGGGGAACACCGAGGGCUGGCCCCCUUCCCCACUGAGUUUUGCGAUGGGGGCGCUGCUGUGCCCGAGAGCGGCUGCCUCCCUUACAUCCCCUAUGUGCCCCCCAAGUUCUUCUACACAGAGGAGGCGGGCAGUUUCCCUCUGAAAAGUUCCAGCUACAAGUCCUACCCUCCCCCUUAUGGGGGCCAGGUCCUCCCGCCCCAAACCUUUUACGCAGAAGAGCCUCCUCCUCCUCCAGGGGGCUACUACCCUGUUCCGGCGAGAGCUUUCCUUGUGGAGGAAAACAGGACUCCUUUCCCCAUUCAGGAGGCCCCUGCGCAGACUUUCUAUGGGGACGACCCCCGCCUUUACUCUACGCCCAGGACUCUUCCCCCCAAAGCGGUUUACCCCGAAGACCCCAGGCCUUACCCGGCCUUGAGGGCCAACCCGCGUAUCUUCUACACCGAAGACUAUGGGAAAUACCACGAGCGAGAAGCCCUGUCUCGCACUUACCCCCACUCCCGCCUGGCUCCCUCGGUGCAGUUUAAUGACUGGUACUGCCCCGAAAGGGGGGCGGUGCCCUACCCAGCCUGGCAGCUGGCCCGCUUCCCAGUUCACCAGCCUGCCUCCCAAGCCAUGCUGUCGUCGUGGCACGCCAGCUACAGCGUCAGCCCUCCCCGGCUUGGCGUGGACACCAGGCAUUACUCCAAAUCCUGGGACAAUAUUUUGACCCCUCACGUCCGCCGGGAAGACCAGCUGCUGCGUGGCCGCAGCUACGAGAACCUGCUGUCCCGGGACCCCCAUCGGGCGUUCUCCCCGGAUGACCGGCGCCAACCAGUGGUGGUGAACCUCUCCAGCUCCCCCAAGCGUUACGCUGCCCUUUCCCUCUCGGAAAACUCCCUCGUCGAGAAGUUGCAUGCUGACAGGGGGCGCCAUGGCUGGUUCGUCACGCCAGAGAUCACCAUCACGGACAACGACAUCCGAGCCCACAACGGGCUUGGCAAACAUGAGAGGCGCUCGGCCAGCUGGGAUGUCCUGGAUUCAGGGGACGCCCGAGACAGGGCCUACGUCCCCCGCCAGCCCUACGGCCCAGACCCUGGUGGCAAAGAGAGCAGCGCCCGCCAGCGCAGCCUGGAGCAGCUGGACGAGCUCAUCACCGACCUGGUCAUUGACUACAAGCCCCCUUCCGUUUGCCAGCCCAGCGAGGUCAGCAACUUGGCCGACCAGCUGCGGCAGUUGAUCAGCGACGGGCUGGGGCUGCCUCCCAAGAAGCCAGACCCUUGGAGGUCCUCGGAGCCCCAUCCCACCAAAGAGCAGCCUGGCCGCAGCUCCUUCCAUGCUGAGCUGUGGAAGGACCAGGGCCGCCGCUCCGCUGAGCCCCCGGCCCCCGGUAGGCCCUUGGACAAAGGCCCCGAGGACUGUUCCCCAGAGCUCAGCGCUGACGAGGACGACCUGAUGAUGUGCUCCAACGCCAAGUGCCGUCGCACCGAGACCAUGUUCAACGCUUGCCUCUACUUCAAGUCUUGCCACAGCUGCUACACCUACUAUUGUUCUCGCCACUGCCGGCGGGAGGACUGGGACACCCACAAGGAGAGCUGCAUCUACGGGCGGAUUGGUAGCACCUGCCGCCACGUGCUGCAGUUCUGCCGAGAGAACGGCGAGGUGCACAAGGCCUUCUCCCGCAUCGCCAAGGUGGGCUUCCUGUCCCGGGGCCGAGGGCUGCUCUUCUUGGGUUUCCCCAGCUCGGGCUCCGCCGAGAACUUCCUGCAGUUUGGCCUGGAGAGCUUGCUGAUGUCCCCCACUUACCUGUCGCUGCGGGAGCUGGAGGGCUAUUCGGACAACCUCGGGGAGUACGCCCAGGAGCUGCAGGAGGCGGGCCAGCAGUACGACCCCCAGGAAUGUUUCCUCCUGAACGUGACCGUGGCGGUAGGGCAGGAGGUGCCCGAGCAGCCCUCGCCCAAGGUGCAGGUGCCAACCGUCCGCAAGUAUGCCAAGAUGGCCUUGGCGUCCUCCAGCCCCGAGAAGAAGAUCCUCAAGAAGGAGCGAGAGAUGGAGACGCUGAUCCUGACGCCCCCACCCGGCACGGCCGACCUGGACAAGGACGGCGAGGAAGGACGCAAGGCACGAGAGGUUUGCUUCAUCAACAUCCAGCGCGAGCUGCGCAUUCGCGGCGUCUUCCUGCGGCACGAGUUCCCGAAGGUUUACGAGCAGCUGUGCGCCUUUGUGGAGAGCAACAAGCGCUUCACGCCCACCACCAUCUACCCCAUUGACAAGAGGACUGGCAAGCAGUUCAUGUGCAUGAUCAUGGCUGCCUCCGAGCCGCGCACCCUCGACUGGGUGGCCAGCCCCAACCUCCUGGAUGACAUCAUGUGAGCCCAGCGCUUUGGCCAGAGGGCCGCGGCCUCUUCCCUUCUCCGCUUAGGUCAAUGCUGAGGUGAUGGCUAGCCUGUUGCUGUUAUUUCCAAGCAAGGAGGGGUCCAGACGGGCCCCAGCAAGGGACGGGGCCCCUGGGAGAGAGCGGGGCUGCGUUGGUGGCCCUUGAGCCCUCACUGGACAUGGGCCCCUAUCCCUGUUUGAAAGAUGAGCCCAAAUCCGGUCACCUUCAGAAAAGUGGAUGUUUUAGGAAUUGCAGGCUUUGUCGGUCAACUUUUAAGGCAACAAUAGGCAGCUUUACAGUCCCCAUUUUUCUUCUGAAUUCCUGCAGUCAAGAACGUUCUUACUUCGUGGGAUGAUUUCCUUUAUUUAUUUUUUUAAAAGAAUUGAUCCCGGAGAAUAAA